CCUGCCUUGGCUACACACAAACCUCCGGGACCACAAAAUCCAAGAAAACCCUUCUAGAAUAAACAUUAGAUAUUCAGUUGAGAUAAUGUAAUGCAUCACGGACGGAACCUUCGCACUUAAGACAUUUUCUUCUUGAGUCUUGAGUGACGACUCUCUCUCUUGACUAGCCUGCCGCUGCAAACACCCUCCUUUUAGUUUCGUCGGUGCACUUUGUCGGCGACACAUUGUUUUGUCAUUGUCGCAGCUUCCGUCGCUGUCAUCCGGUAUUUUUGAUAUUCGAUCUCACAAGGGAAAUAAUGGGUGCAUUUCUGGACAAACCAAAGAUGGAAAAGUAUAAUUCCUGUGGAGAGGGUAACAACAUGAGGUAUGGCCUGAGCAGCAUGCAGGGUUGGCGGGUAGAGAUGGAAGACGCACACACAGCAGUUAUUGGCCUGCCUCAUGGUCUUGACCCCUGGUCAUUCUUUGCGGUUUAUGAUGGGCAUGCUGGCUCUCAGGUGGCCAAGUACUGCUGUGAGCACCUGCUGGAGCACAUCACCAGCAACUCAGACUUCCAGAGUGCUCUGCAGGAGGACCAGUCUGUGGAAAGCGUGAGGAAUGGAAUCCGCACAGGUUUUCUGCAGAUUGAUGAACACAUGCGAACCAUCUCAGAGAAGAAGCAUGGCGUGGAUCGCAGUGGCUCUACUGCGGUGGGAGUGAUGAUUUCUCCGAGUCAUAUCUACUUUAUCAAUUGUGGAGACUCAAGGGGUCUUCUUAGCCGGGGCGGAGCUGUCCACUUCUUCACACAGGAUCACAAACCCAGCAAUCCUCUGGAGAAGGAAAGGAUCCAGAAUGCUGGUGGCUCUGUCAUGAUCCAGCGAGUAAACGGGUCCCUAGCUGUGUCUCGAGCUUUGGGAGACUUCGAUUACAAGUGUGUGCAUGGAAAAGGCCCGACAGAGCAGCUUGUGUCUCCUGAGCCUGAAGUCUAUGCAAUAGAGAGAUGCGAAGGGGAAGAUGAAUUCAUUAUUCUAGCAUGUGACGGCAUCUGGGAUGUUAUGGCGAAUGAGGAACUGUGUGACUUUGUAAGGUCAAGGCUAGAGGUGACAGACGAUCUUGAGAGAGUCAGCAAUGAAAUUGUUGACACCUGCUUGUACAAGGGAAGCCGGGACAAUAUGAGUGUUGUGUUAAUCUGCUUUCCUGGAGCCCCAAAGGUGUCCCCAGAAGCAGUGAAAAGGGAGGCUGAGUUGGAUAAAUACCUGGAGUCCAGAGUAGAAGAGAUCAUCAAAAAGCAGGGGGAUGAAGGCAUCCCAGAUCUGGUCCAUGUUAUGCGAACAUUAGCAUCUGAAAGCAUCCCUAACCUCCCUCCUGGAGGAGAGCUCGCAAGCAAACGAAGUGUUAUUGAAGCAGUCUACAACAAACUCAACCCCUACCGAAGUGAUGACACAGACUCUGCGUCCACAGACGACAUGUGGUAACACAACCUCCUACCACUAACACAGCAUAGCGUUUACAAACCACCAUCCUCUCAAGACCAACAGCAGCUCAGCUCAGCAGUCUGUCUCUCCGUCACUCUGAGCUAUUGGUUUCUAAGAAGGGAAUUUCAUGGGAGGAGGAGGAGAAGAGGGAGGAGGAAGAGGAGUUGCAUGCACACAAACCUGGAAUAGUGCAGCACCAGUCCACUUUGGAGUUCAGGAUCCCUGCCGUCUCGUCUCCCCUUUAUGUUCACCCACCUUAAUACUCUCCUCUAAAGUAACCCGUAACAAGUGAGUCCACAAGGUCUUCUUUCUUUUUGUUAAAUAAUCAGCUUAAGUAGUGAUUUUCUUUUUUUUUGCUGUAAUUAAUUUGAUUCACAUUUCCUUGUGUGUGUUUGUAUAUUUCUGUUUUUGUGAAGUGCAAUUGUCCUGUACAAACAGCCUGUAUUUAAUGCAGCUUGAUUUUAAGUUAAAAAAUGAAAGAAAUGAAAAAGAGAACCUUUUUAUGCACUAUCUGCCUUUUCCUGCUCUUCUGGAAUUGUAACAAAUGUCUAUUCAGUGAAUAUUUCUGCUUGUCCUCCAGGCACAACAAUGUCUCUGCGCUUUUACUUUUCUUUAUUGUAUUUUUUUCAGUUGGUCUAUGCUCCUUUUUAAGAAACGGGUAAAUUGUAUAGUUGACAGCACAGUAAGCUCUCUAUAUCAUACCAUUUAAAUCCUAAUUAUAUUUUCCCUAUGCUUUUUUUUUUUUAUUGUAUUUUAUUUUUGUAAGUGGUUUUCUGUACAUGCUUAAAAAAUAAUGGCAGUGUUUUCUCAGUCAUUUUGGAAGUGUGCAGUGAAAAAUACUUUUUUUUUUUCACUUCUUCAAGGCAUCUGAUGAAAAAGUAAGACCCCUGUUAACACAUUUGUCUGUGCAAUAGAUACUUGCAAGCGUGCGUGGGUGCUUGUGUGUAUGUAUGCGCGCACAUGUGUUUGUGUAGAGGCGGCUCUCGUGCAACUUUAAUUUAAAAUUAGCUGAGGUGGUCAGACAACAGACCAGGCUGGAACUUAAGGGAAAUGCUCUAACUCGUCGUCUCCCCUUUUUCAGCAAGUGUUCCCCGACAACUCAAAAUAUAGACUUUACUACUUCACUACUUCUGAAUUCCAAACAGCUUUGGAUAACAGAGUUUACAUGCUGUAAUGCUAUUUGAACAAUGUCAAGAUAUACAUCACAACUAUACUGUAACCUGAGAUGACACAAGUAAUUCACUUUUCACAUCGUGUACAAUGGUUUGCAGCUAGUCAGAGCUUGACUAGUUUCCAAACCUAGUGUGUCAUAUUUGAAUACCAGUUUCUAAAUGUACAUUAUUCGCAGUACCCGUUACGGGUGCCAUAUGAUUUAUAAUCUCCUGUUUCAGCUUUAUGACAGCCCAUGCCAAGUUAUGUUUUUUAAGGAAUUCAUUUUGUUGUGUGGUACAGAUACACUUUUUUAGCUUCUGCCUUUGACAUGUUGAUUUGACUCAUGUGAACAGAUUAAGCACUGAUUUCUUUUAGAGAAUUUACUACAGCAGGAACUCUUGACCCUCAAACUCAAACAAAUGUCCCCCCCGUACUCUUCAGUUAGACAUUCAAACCAAGAACAAAUUCUCUCUUUACAUUGAGUUCUUAUUGUUGCAUUGCAUCUUUUUAUUCCCCAAAGCACCACAGGCCAUAGCACAGCACAGUACAGUUCAUAGUCUGUGGGUUGAUUUAGAUUUGUUUUAAAGUUUAUUUUCCCCUCUGCAAAGAUAAGUCGGCAACUAAAUCUGUUCUUUACACUCAAUAGAUAUUUAAAUCCUGCAAGAGAAAUGUUUUUUUUCUUUCUCUUUUUCGCCAUUUUUGUGUUAAAAUUGCAAAUUGUUUGAAAUUUAUGUAUGUAUAUAUUUUUGACUUUAACUUUCAAGGAAUAAAUCAUGUCCCUUGAAGUAGUUUUUUGCCGUGGAAAAAAAUUGAUUCUGGUUUGUGUCGGGUUGGUUAGUUAGACGUGGAUAUAUUUGGCUAAUAUUUCCCUCUAAUCACCUCUGAACACACAAAAGUCAUGUAAUACAUUUGUAAUUCUUCAUACAUCACCAUGACAAUCCUAACUAUUCCACCGCAUGUUUUGGUUUUGUGUUCGGUAGCUUAUUAAUGAAUUUCAACUUUCAUUAAAUCCUAAAUCUCUAAAUGAGCUGCUCCCUGAUCUGCUCUUGUGGCAAAAAAAAGCCAAAGACAGCUCAAAUGAAAUGAUUAUGAAAUCUAUACUAUGAUAAACAAUAUACUGUAAACCUGUAAAAGAUGUUUGAAGGUUUAACUGUAGGAGAGUAAAAUGAACUUUUAAGAUUUCUAUUUAUUCAUAACUUUUAGAGGUACUCUGUUGAGUUUUUGACCACUGGGGGUGCUGUUGAGAUCUCUUCUGAUGAGCACCUCCCUGCUCUACUAGAAUGAAUAAUCAAUAGAUCACUGGAUGUAUUGGAAAACACAUUUGCUGACUGCAGAGGCAGUAAUGUGCAUAUUAAUAGUAACUUGGCAUUAAACUGUUAACUUUCAGAAAAAUGCGAUUUAACCACUGGCUGAAGUGCAGGUUUGUGUGGAAUAUCAUUGAACGUGUUUGUCAGGCCUUCAGACACAUACGUGUAAAGGUACAAAACAUUUGUAUGCACACUUCAGUAUGUGUUUGAAGUGAGAACACCAUGGAGUACGGCUUAACAGUCGGCCACUGUAGAAGUGACAUUAUUAACUUAGUAGACCUUUUAAGACUGCAAACAUGUCUGGUUGGAAAUGUGUUGUAAGUGUGUUUGCCUUCAAAUGUAUCUUCACUGAAUUUUCACAUUAAAAAAAAAAAAAGCAACAAACCAAACUGCAACCAAAAAAAAGCAGAAGAGUAAAAAUGUCACAUGAUUCAUUUAGUUUUGGGUUAAAAUGACAGAUUUCUAUCACUUGUAAGUAUUUACUUUAAAACACUCUUCAAGUCAGUUUAAUCAGUUUGUUUCAGAAGAACUUGUGGAAAAAGCUUGACAUGUAAGCAAUAGAAAUCAGAUUUUAUAGUUCAUCUGUAUGUGCACUAAAUAUCUCAGUUUUCAACACCCAUUGUGUAACUCAUAAAAAACAUUUAAUGCAUUUUUUAAGGAGCAAAGACAGUUUCUUUGCAUCUGGAGAACAUUGAUUCCCCAACACUUCUUGGCUAUUUGCAACGCCCCUAAAAUGUCCAAAUUCAGGAAGUGACCCUUUAACCAUUACUGGUUUAUUACACACUUCUUUAACCCACAAACUAAAAUAUUAAUACAUGUAAAAAUCAGCCUUUUUUUCAUGUUCAAAAACGCUGUAGCUGGAAUGUUAACAGAUAUCGGAAGUGGCUUAGCUUUGAUUUUUCCCAUUUUGGUGUUUAAUUUAAAUUAUGUUCCGUUUCUCCCCAUCCCCAAGUGAACAAAAAAAAAAAGGAUCUCAAGCAUCUAGUGUCCUUGUUUUCAUUUGUAAUGAACUGAAAUACCUCAUAACAUGAAUAGGAAAUGUUUUUGUCUUGUGUUAUGUAGUUUCAAACUGUUCAGAAAGCCGUUCAUGUGUGGAGACUUCAAUGUACGCAGUUUUUGUGGUUCUCUCUUUUAAUGCUUUUUAACACUGAUCUAUUUGAGCCGGGUAAGCCUGCGCUCAUGUAAAGUAUUUGACUGAAUUGUGCUGAUUCUAACAAACAGGUAAUGAAAUUAGUAACUAGAAACACUAUUGGCCUUGUGGUAUAAGCUGACCCCACCCUCUCCCACACAUAUGUCCACAAAGACACACACACACUCCCUUAAACGCUCACCUGGGUCAUUUCACCUCCUCGUCCACUUGUGUGUGGCUCACUUAGCUCAAAUCUAGAAUUGUAUGGAGAGUUCAGGGUUUUAGACAUGUGAGACGUGUGAGAAAAGUAGAUGUGACUACAUGGCGAUAGUCAUAUGCACUGAUCAUCUGUAUAAUCAGCUUUUUCUCUUUUUUUUUCCCAGAAAAUUGUUAUUGUAGAGAAAAAAAAGAAUAUAUAGCUAUUUACAGAGUUACCUUUGGUUGCCUGGAAUGCAUCCUGUAUAUUCUUGUACGGAGGACUACCUGGCAGAAGAGAUUUUAAAUGCUUGCACCCUCGUAUACAUAUUGAUGUACCUCGGUUGUGGCGUUUACUGUGUGACCCUUAGCAGUGGCGGUUUAUUUGUCCCCUCACAGGGUGACCCGAGCCUCACUUUGCUGACCUUUUUCAGCUCAUAAAUAAGCUCACCGAUUUGCCUUACCCAAUCUCAUGUUGCCCCCUAAAGUACUUGUUCAACUAAACACUACGAGAAGUGACGCUGCUGACAUUGCACCCUUACAGAUUUAACAAACUGUCCCAAUGUUAGGGUACAUAAGCUAUCUACAAAGUGACUUUGUCCUGGUUUUCACAAGGUACAACUUUUCAACCAUCGCUGGUUUGUAUGCUACAUUCUCUCCCCAUGUUACUUUUUGAAUCUAGGUAUUGAAAGCUUAUUUUCACUGCGGCCGAUAUCAUACCUUUAACAAAUGCAAGUGUUUUAACAUGGUAACCUUGUAAGCAUUCAGAUAUGUGCGUACAUACAUUCAUGUCUGCUCUAUUUAUGGUUACAUUCAAGAAUAGCUUUAGUGUGUUGUAGAUACGUAUUGUCAAUGUUGAUUCAAAUGCUUCUCAGAGGCCUCUGUGAGUGAUUUUACAAAGUUCAAUAACUGUAUAUUUUGUAUUAUGUUCUAGCUCCAAAGGAAUGGCAGGAAAAAAAAGAAAAUGUUUAAAAAAGCUUUGUUCCCUGAACUAAAUUGUAAUAUUUGUGUUGUCGAUUGAACAAAUUGCAUUCCUUGCUUGUGAAUUGAUGCAUUUCUCUCCCUGCUCCUUAAAAUUUCUCCCCUCUUCGCCUCCUUUCUUUCAUUUUUUAGCCUUUGAAGUUUGAAUAAAAAUUCUAGUUUGCAGAAUGUAUUACUAAAUAAAUGGGUUGUCAUCUUGUA